AUGCAUUACACCCCGGCAACUCUCCUCCUCCUGGGGGCAGUUGCCUCUACCGCUCGAGCAAGCAACGACAACCAGCCCGUACCCAAAUCAGGUCUCCAAGAAUCAUGGGCGUCACCAGCCAGAGAAACCGUCGCCGUCGGCCAUGAUAACGAACAGCAGGUCGCCCUGGGAUGGUCUCCGAAGCCAACUCAAGCUCCCAAGCCUUUGAUGGGCCGCAUGAUGAUUCCCCGAGCAGAUGAUUUUACGAUUGGACCCCAGACGUGCGGGUUCGUUCCUGGGACUACUGGCAAUUCGUUCACGUGUAUAUCGGUUGGAUUUACAUGCACGCCUCAGGCCAACUUUGUCGGAUGCUGCGAACCAAACAGCUCGUGCAGUCUCAUCAAGACGACGUGUAUCGACUACCAGGCGUCCAAGGGCGGUGCUUGCAACCUGCCCUCUGACUAUCACACUCUUUGCUGUGGCACAUCAUCAGUCGGUGCCUGCUACACCUGGGUCGUCUCUACGUCCGGCUCGGGUGACGAAUCAACCAGUCUGCAUACCCUCUUCGACUGCUCCCCUCAAGCCGGCAGAGGCACACUCCUCACCGUCGACCCGGGCUGGUCGUUAACACACAGCUUCGGCUCAACAACAACCACGACUUCCGCAUCGACAACCGCAACAACGACAACUUCCACCCCUGAGCCCACCCACAAGAGCAGCAGCACCAACGUGGGCGCCAUCGCCGGCGGCACAGUCGGAGGCGUCGCCGCCCUCGGCCUCGUUGGUCUCGCGGCGUUCCUCCUGGUUCGCCGUCACCAUCCUCGCAACGCUCCUCCAAACGCCACUCUAGGCGGCGCUCCUAAUCCUCAACCAGGGAACCCUCCCGCCGGAACUACUUAUCCCUCGGGCGUCCCGCCGGCUGGAUAUCCCGGCGGAUAUGCGCCCGUGCCGAUGCAGUCGCCGCCGCAGGGCUACGAUCCUCACAUGAGCCAGUACGGCCAGCAGCAGGGCGCCUAUCCGCAGCAGUACCAACAGGGACAGCAGUAUCCUCAACAGCAGUACGGCAACUAUCCGGUCCAGACGAGCACUUCGCCGGUGUAUACGACUCCUUCGCCGGGCGCUUUCAAGGAGGGCGACAUGUCGCCUCAGCAGCAGGCGCCUCCUCCGACUGAGUUGGCUGCGGUGAACCCUGUUGGAGCGGAGAACAACAGAGCAGAGCUGGGUACAGGUAAUUAG